UCGGAUAGACAGGGUGUCUGCCUGCUGGAUCGCUGCCUUUUCCCCUCUUUUCCUCCUCUGGACGCGGAGAUCAAAGAGACUCCCAGCAUCCAACAGCAGAUGGAGGGCUUCCAAAUACCAGCUAAGUCUCAUCACCAGAGACCUCUGCAGCUUUUGGAGUAGUUUAGAGUUUUCUCCUCCACCUGAAGCACAGAAGUGAUAUCUUUUCCUGGUGAAUCUUAAUUUUCUUCUUCUUCUCUUUUGCAGCCUCGUCCUCUGAACUCUUUACCUCCUCCUCCCCCUUUUUUCCCUCUUUCACUCAGCUGUCACUCAGCCUGUCACUCUUUAGGAUAUCCCCUUCCCCUCUCUCUAGGGUUUCAUAAUGCUUCAGGAUCUCAUUCAGAGGCAGGGGUGGAUUUCACCCCGCUGCUUUCUCCUGGUUUGAGAAUCAUGGACGAGUAAUGAGCGGCGCUUGAGUCAACAGACUGUGGUGGGGGGGUCAUGGAAAUAACGAAAGGUCACGGGCCAAAGCCUCAAACUUUGAAUAAAUAAAUACAAAAUACUUUUUAUUAUCAUCUUUUUAGCGGAAGCAGGUUUUUUUGGGGAGUAUUUCUUGGAUCUAUUGUAUUGACAAUCAUGGGAAACGCAGCAGGAAGCAUGGAGGUGCCUCAAGGAAAGGAGGGCAAGGCGGCGGCAUCGUCUGUGGCCCCUCCGGGCUCCACGGGCCCCCAGAGACAAACGGGGCUCAAACUCCCGAUGCCACCCGAGGAGGAACUGGAGCAACGCUUCGGUGCAGUGCUGAACACGAUGAAUCUUCCUCCAGACAAAGUGAAGAUCCUCAGUCAGUACGACAACGAGAAGAAGUGGGACCUGAUCUGUGACCAGGAGCGGUUUCAAGUGAAGAAUCCACCAUCGGCUUAUCUGGAGAAGCUGAAGAGUCACCUUGAUCACGGAGGAGUCAGUCGGAAGUUUAAGAGACGUGUCCAGGAAUCCACUCAGAUCCUCAGAGAGUUGGAGAUUUCCCUGAGGACCAAUUACAUCGGCUGGGCUCAGGAGUUCCUCAACGAGGAGAACCACGGCUUAGACGUUCUUGUGGAUUAUCUGUCCUUCGCCCACAGUGCUGUCACGUAUGAGGCGGACACUUUGGACAACGGCACGGUGCCCACAGAUAAAAAGACCCUGGAGAAGUCCGUGGAGGAUCUGAGCAGAAGUGCCAGCAACUCACCCACUCACAGCGCCUCCAAGGCCAGCAAGGCCUUCACAGUGAGAUUCAACUCUCUCCAAAACAGGAAAGUCCAGAGGAGCUCUCGAGCUGUGAGCCAGACCGACGACGUUCAUCUCUGCAUCAUGUGUCUGCGAGCCAUCAUGAACUACCAGUCUGGGUUCAACCAGGUGAUGAAGCAUCCUCGCUGCGUCAACGAGAUCACGCUCAGCCUCAACAACAGAAACCCGAGGACGAAGGCGUUGGUGCUGGAGCUGCUGGCGGCCGUGUGUUUGGUGAGAGGAGGCCACGACAUCAUCCUGUCCGCCUUCGACAACUUCAAAGAGGUGUGUGGAGAGAAGAGUCGCUUCGAGAAUCUCGUGGAGUAUUUCAGCCAUGAAGACAGCAACAUCGACUUCAUGGUGGCCUGUAUGCAGUUCAUCAACAUUGUGGUCCACUCGGUGGAAAACAUGAACUUCAGAGUCCACCUCCAGUACGAGUUCACUCAGCACGGGCUGGACGACUACCUCGAGAGGUUGAAGUUCACGGAGAGCGACCGGCUGCUGGUGCAGAUUCAGGCCUAUCUGGACAACGUGUUUGAUGUGGGAGCUCUGCUGGAGGAUGCAGAGACCAAGAACGCUCUGCUGGAGCACAUGGAGGAGCUGCAGGAGAACAACACACUGCUGAGCUCCAGGCUUCAGGAGAGCGAGAGGGAGGCGAUGGAGAACAUGUCGGAGAUGGAGAAGAAGCUCAUUCAGACCACAAAAGAAGUGGAGCUCCUAAAGGAGAGUCUCCGUGAAUCCGGCUCCCAGGUGACUCUCCUGCAGCAGCAAGAACGAGAGAGAGAGCUGGAACGUGAGCAGGAGAGAGAGACGGAGAGAGAGAGGGAUCGAUCCACCGAGGCCCUGAGGGAGCUGGAGGUGAAAGUUCAGGCUCUGGUGGAGCAGGGGCUGGUCCGAAUGGAGCGCUCCUCCUCUGGACACCUGGACAUCCAGGUGGUCCCCGUCAUCCAGCAGGAAGCUAAAGAAGAAGCAGAUUCGGGUGAAAGCCUCGAGGCCUCUCCUCCAUCCUCAGACCCUCAGCCUCCGCUCUCUGAGGCUCCUCUGCAGUCAGUGACAGUACAAGCUCCUCCUCCUCCAGACUUAACUGGAACUCCUCCUCCACCUCCUCCUCCACCACCAGCGGCUCCACCCCCCCUUCUUCCUCCAGGAGGUGGUACGACCCAUCUAUUAGGAGAUCUGACUGAUGGCAGCUCAGGUUGUAAAAAGAAGAAGCCCAUUCAAACCAAAUACCGCAUGCCGCUGUUGAACUGGCAGGCCCUCAAGUCCAACCAGGUGGCCGGAACCGUCUUCAACGAGCUGGACGACGAGAACGUCUUAGAGGAGCUCAACAUGGAGACUUUUGAGGAGCAGUUCAAGACCAAGGCUCAGUCGGCCCCUGUAGAACUGGGGACCCUCAAGAUGAAACUGGCCCACAAGACCCCCAGUAAAGUGUCUCUGAUGGAGCCCAACAGGGCCAAGAACCUGGCCAUCACUCUGCGCAAGGAAGGAGUGGCUGCAUCCGAUAUCUGCUGUGCAAUCGAGACGUACAACCAGAGGGCUCUGAGUCUGGACUUCCUGGAGCUGCUGGAGCGCUUCAUCCCCACGGAGUACGAGACGAAGCUCAUCCACGGCUACGAGUGCGACGGGAGGCCCCUGGACGAGCUCAGCGAGGAGGACCGCUUCAUGGUGCGCUUCAGCAAGAUCCCGCGGCUCUCGCAGCGCAUCAGCACGCUCACCUUCAUGGGCAACUUCAGCGAGAGCGUCCAGCUAGUACAGCCGCAACUGAACGCCGUCAUCGCCGCCUCGAUGUCGAUCAAAUCCUCCAGCAAGCUGAAGAAAGUCCUGGAGAUCAUCUUAGCAUUUGGAAACUACAUGAACAGCAGCAAGCGAGGGGCAGCGUACGGCUUCCGCCUGCAGAGUUUAGAUCUGCUGUUAGACACCAAGUCUACAGACCGGAAGCAGACAUUGCUGCACUUCAUCGUCAGCAUCAUCCAGGAGAAAUACCCCGACGUCCGGUCCUUCUUCACAGAGCUGCACUUCCUGGACAAGGCGGCGCUGGUUUCUCUCGACAGCAUCCUGCAGGACGUGCGAUCUCUGGAGAGAGGCAUGGAGGUCACCAGGAGGGAGUUCUCUGUGGAGAAAGACAAUCCUGUGCUGCAGACGUUCCUCAGCAGCAACACCGAGCUGCUCCACUCGCUUAUAGCUGAUGGCAAAACCGCCCAGGAUGUGUACGACUCUGCCGUGGAGUACUUUGGAGAGAACUCUAAAACCACGCCGCCCUCCGUCUUCUUCCCUGUGUUCGUGAGGUUCAUCAAAGCAUACAAGCAAGCCGAGCAGGAGAACGAGAGGACGAGACAACAAGUCCUGAACUGUGACGCUCCAUCAACUCCACCUAAACAUGAAGUCACGGGGAGAAAGGUCUGUGUGACGUCCAAACUGCCACAGAUGGACCUGAUAGCAGAGCUGAAGAGGAGGCAGGUGUCUCCUCUGGUGAGGGAGGGGAAGGACGGAGCCAUCGAGGACAUCAUCACAGCUCUUAAGUCCGUGCCCUUCACGGCUCGCUCUGCCAAACGCUCCUCUCGUCUCUUCUGCGACUCCGUCUUCAGCGACGAGGUGACGUCGUCUUCUUCUUCUUCUUCUUCUUCUUCUUCUCUCUUCCACUCCACUGAACGAGCAGCCGUUUCUCUCUCACUGCACCUUUAAACUCUUUUAAAAUUCACAUAUUUGUGUUUGUUUUUCUCAACUUAUUACAACUUUAUUCUCAGAAUAUCAGUUUCUGCCCUUAAUAUUCCCUGAAUGUUGUAAAUAAAUUAAUCUGAACUAUACAGUUUUGUUUUUAUACUAUUGAAACGUUUCUCCUCACAAAAUUACAACUUUAUCUUGUGACAGUUUUUCUUAUCAUGUCACAACUUCAUUCUUAAAAUCAUCAGCCCUGAUGAUUUGUACGUGAGAGAAGAUAUCAAUACUUUUACUUUUUGUUUUGCUAAUUACAUACUUUUACUUGAGUUAAGUGUCGACUGUCUCGAACUAUUGGUGAAGUUGUUUCACAGCGAGCUGUUAGUGCUUUUGCCUAAAGGACCUUAAUAUUACAACACAAAGGUGUUGAAGAGUUUUGUCCUCGGUGUGUUCCGUUCUUCGUCCUCAGAUUUAAGGAAUCAGCCGUACAGACGGACGGACGCCGGCAGACGCAGCGCCAAGUGGAAACCGGGACAACAGCUCCACGUGUCCUCGGACAUCU